CUGUGUGUGUCUGGGACAUGACAGCUCAAGUGGGAAGACAGAGAUAGUUUAAAAGUAGGAGAGACACAGUAGCCUGGACAGAGAAAUAAAGAACACACUGGAAAGAAAGAAGAUAGGCUGAAGCUGACGUUCUCUGAUAAGGAUAUCAUGAAGCCGCAGACUGUAACUGUUUUGGUCUGCCUUUUGGGAGCUAGCCUUUCACUUCCUAUAUACCAACAGCAAAUUGGAAUCCUCGCAAGUAACAGCAAUGAGAUCCUCCGGUUGAAUGGACUGACCCUGACAGGUGUAGGCUUUGGGCAAACACAAAUGCAGGCGUCUCCAUUCAUGCCCCAGUACGUGAUCCAGCAGCAGCCUGAACUUGGUCUCCCCCAGAUGGUGAACUUUAACCCCCAGGUGGGAGGUCCUUUCGGCCCCCAGAUGAUGUUCCCUACACAGGGGAACCAGCUGCCCCCCAUACUGUACGCUAAUGCCCAACAGGAGCAGCCUGGGGCCCCCCAGGACCCCAACAACCCCAAUAACCCCCAACAACCACACAACCCUGCACAGGGGGUUCCCCAGUUUCCUCAAUACUACCCAUCAUUUUCAUUUCCCCAGCAACCAAGAAUGCAGGGCUACCCCUACUACAUGUCUUACGGUUACCCCAACUACCCCCAGCCUAACCAGAACAACGGGCAGAACCAGCUGAACUUGGAGAAGACCCCUCAGAAACCACAGCUCCCACUACAGCAGGCUGCCCAACCUCAGGUACCAGGAAAGACAUGGCCUAAAGGAUUCCAGACAGAGGCUGCCAACCCUCCACCAGAUCACCGUGGAGACACAGUUGACCCUGGCGUAGAUGAGGGUCGUCCCAACUUCCCUUUCCUGUUUGAGCCAUAGAAUUGCAUGUGGGGUCAAAUGAAAUUGAGGGAUCGGCACAUCAAUCUCACAUUCCUACUCUAUAUUAAUAUAAGAUAUGUUGUCCGUUACAAUAUGAUACAUUUUCUAUUGUCAAAUAAAUCCAUUAUCAAGCAAAA